AUGAUAUCAUGCGGUCGCUUGAUCCAGUUGGCAAUUUUGCUGGCGUUAUCCACGGCAACACACUGCGGCUUCCUUGAAGGCGGAUUUUUCCCAAUUCUUGAGCCAAGAGCGGCGCCGGAUGCCCCUGAUGGCUAUACCCCCGCUCGUGUCCCAUGCCCCAAGACACGGCCCGCAAUUCGGCAGGCAACGACAUUGUCGACUGAAGAAACAUCAUGGCUGGAGCUUCGCGAUAAUAGCACUUUUCCUGCGUUGGAAGAAUUUCUUACCCGUGCAAAUAUCGGAGGCAUCGACAUUGAAGCAUACUUGAACGGCAUUGUGAGCAAUGGCACGACGUUGCCACGAAUUGGCAUUGCUAUCUCCGGUGGAGGUUAUCGAGCCAUGAUAAACGGUGCUGGUGCCAUCGCUGCAUUUGACAACCGAACCACAGGGUCGACAGGUAAAGGCCAAUUGGGCGGUAUUCUCCAAGCUACAACCUACCUCAGCGGUCUGUCUGGAGGCAGCUGGGUGGUUGGAAGUCUGUAUGUACAGAACUUCACGACAGUGGAAUCUAUCAUCUAUGGUUCCAAUGCUUUCCUAGGUUCCCUUUGGCAACUUGAUGAUUCAAUCUUCGAAGGCCCAAAUGAUCUAUCUGUAACGCGAUACUACCGCGAGCUGUACAAAGAUGUCCAAGGUAAAGUGGAGGCAGGUUACAACAAGUCCAUAACCGACUAUUGGGGAAGCGAUGGAGGUCCAGCAUAUACCUUCUCAUCGAUUGCAAAUGAUACCGAGUUCGCGGCUGCGAGGGCGCCUAUGCCUCUUAUAGUUGCAGUAGAAAGAACAACGGGACAGCUUCAAAUAGCAAGCAAUUCCACUAUCAUAGAGUUCAAUCCGUGGGAAAUGGGAUCUUUCGACCCAGAGCUUGCCGCAUUUGCACCUCUGAAGUACGUCGGCUCUGCCUUCCAUAACGGUACAAUCGGACGCAAUGGAGAUUGUGUCGCUGGGGCCGACAACGCUGGUUUCGUUAUGGGCACCUCAGCGUCGCUUUUCAACCAGGCAUUCCUGCAGAUCCAAAAGGCCGACAAUGUUCCAGAGUUCCUGCUUAAGGCUAUAAAUAAUACUCUGGCGGAUAUUGGCGAGGAGAACAGGGAUAUUGCUAACUGGCCAAACCCGUUCUACAAGUAUAACUCUAAGAACAACUCAAACGCGGACAGCACCAUCCUUACCCUUGUCGACGGCGGUGAGGACUUACAGAAUGUUCCCUUCCAUCCAUUGCUCGUAUCUGAUCGACAAGUCGAUGUCAUCUUCGCUAUCGACGGAUCGGCUGAUACCAAGACACGUUGGCCGAACGGCACAUCUCUGGUAGCCACAUAUGAGAGAUCUAAAGCGGGCGUCUCAACUCAAAACAACGAGUUUCCAAAGGUCCCAGACCAAAACACUUUCAUUAACCUCGGUCUCAAUAAGCAACCGACCUUUUUUGGUUGUGACACAGACUCUGGUAACUCGUCAGGGCCACUGAUUGUCUACCUUCCUAACGGACCAUAUUCAUAUGAGUCUAAUUUCACGACUUUCGACCUUGAAUACAGCGACAGUGAGAGAAAUCAGAUUCUUCGCAACGGUUAUAAUGUUGCAACUAUGGGUAAUGGCACAGUGGACUCAGAAUGGCCUGCCUGCGUAGGUUGCGCGGUGUUGGCUCGUAGCCUAGUUCGUACAGGCACAGCUAAGAUCAAUAUCAUCUCAAAAGAUAGUAACUAGGGUUACAUGAAAGUGAAAAGAAAGCUCUAAGAACUGUACAGGUCGCAAGGGUAAUAAAGUACACACUAGAUACGUAAGAUGCAAUUGGCCAGUCCCAACUGAUAGGCUCCAAACAAGUCUCAGUAGC